GCUCCCAGAUGGCCAGUGAGCGCCACAGGGUCUCAGCUUCCAGCCUGUGCUCACCCUGGUGGCUCUCAGACGGGUGGGAGGGAAGCAGAGUCGUUGGGACAAGCAGCUUCAAGCUCCUCGGAGCGCCGUCGCAGCCUCCGCAGUCCUCAAGUCUUCGUCGUUUGCUCCAGGCUUGCGAUUCCAGGGCCGCCAGGGACCGCGGAGCUGGGGGGUCGUUCGAGCUGCGAGGAUCCGGGCUGCCCGCGAGGCGAGGGGCGGGCGCCCAGGAUGGGAUGCAUGAAGUCCAAGUUCCUUCGAGAUGGAAGCAAGGUCUCAAAAACAGAACCAAGUACCAAUCAGAAGGGUCCUGUGUAUGUGCCAGAUCCCACGCCCUCCAACAAGCCGGGGUCAAGCAACAACAACAGCAUGCCCCCAGGGUUUGUGGAGGGCUCUGAGGACAUCGUUGUGGUUGCACUUUAUGACUACGAGGCCAUUCACCGUGAAGACCUCAGCUUCCAGAAGGGAGACCAGAUGGUGGUCCUGGAGGAGUCUGGGGAGUGGUGGAGGGCACGAUCCUUGGCUACCCGUAAAGAAGGCUACAUCCCAAGCAACUAUGUGGCUCGUGUUAACUCUUUGGAGACGGAGGAGUGGUUCUUCAAGGGUACCAGCCGGAAGGAUGCAGAGCGCCACCUCCUGGCUCCCGGCAAUGUGCUAGGCUCCUUCAUGAUCAGGGACAGUGAGACCACCAAAGGGAGCUACUCAUUGUCUGUUCGAGACUACGACCCCCAGCACGGAGACACGGUGAAGCAUUAUAAGAUCCGGACCCUGGACAGUGGAGGCUUCUACAUCUCUCCGAGGAGCACCUUCAGCAGCCUACAGGAACUUGUGGUCCACUACAAGAAGGGCAAGGACGGGCUCUGCCAGAAGCUGUCGGUGCCAUGCGUGUCUCCCAAACCCCAGAAGCCAUGGGAGAAAGAUGCCUGGGAGAUUCCUCGAGAAUCCCUCCAGAUGGAGAAGAAACUUGGAGCCGGGCAGUUUGGAGAAGUGUGGAUGGCCACCUACAACAAGCACACCAAAGUGGCGGUGAAGACCAUGAAGCCAGGGAGCAUGUCUGUGGAGGCCUUCCUGGCAGAGGCCAACCUCAUGAAGACGCUGCAGCAUGAUAAGCUGGUGAAGCUGCAUGCUGUGGUCACUCAGGAGCCCAUCUUUAUUGUCACGGAGUUCAUGGCCAAAGGAAGCCUGCUGGAGUUUCUGAAGAGUGAGGAAGGCGGCAGGCAGCCAUUGCCAAAACUCAUUGACUUCUCAGCCCAGAUCUCAGAGGGCAUGGCCUUCAUUGAGCAGAGGAACUACAUCCACCGAGACCUCCGGGCUGCCAACAUCUUGGUCUCUGCAUCACUGGUGUGUAAGAUUGCUGACUUCGGCCUGGCACGGAUCAUCGAAGACAAUGAGUACACUGCUCGGGAAGGUAGGGAACGCAGUCCUCCCGGAAGGGCUGUGAGAUCAGAGGGUGGACACCUGUGGGAGACUGGAAAGAGCCAAGAUCUGUCCUCGACUAACUCUUGCAUCAAGUUUGGCUGGGUCCUUCUGCACAGUGCAUUAGUUGGCAAAAUACUCAACAGAGGCUACGUAAGGAAGGCUUUAAUUUGGUUUCUAGUUAGAGAGGACAGUCCAUCCUUGUGGGUCAGUAAGGAUAUACAACUGGUCACAUCGUAUCCACAGUCAGAAGGCAGACAGAGAAAUGCUGGUAUUCAGCUCGCUUUUUUCUUUUUCUUUUUCCUUUUUUUUUUUUUUUUUGUUUUUUUGUUUGUUUUUUGUUUUUCAAGACAGAGCUUCUCUGUAGCUUUGGAGCCUGUCCUGGAACUUGCUCUGUAGACCAGUCUGGCCUCAAACUCACAGAGAUCCACCUGCCUCUGCCUCCUGAAUACUGGGAUAAAGACGUGCGCCACCACCACCUCAUGCUUUUUUUCUUUUUAUGUGGUCCACAGCCCACAGUCAGGAUGGGUCUUGCCACCUCAAUUAACCCUAUGUAGGAAGUCCUUCACAGACACGCCCAAGGGCUCUUCUCCUAGGUGAUUCUAGAUCCUGUCAGGAUGAUGAUGUUAAUGUCACAUCAGACUUGAAGAGGAACAUUUCAGAUUAGACUGAAGUGACAGCUUCGGCAAGUACAGGUAGUGGUGAGAGGUGAGAGUAACUUUAUUCACAGAAGACAAAGUAAGAGUGACCUAAAUGUCCACAGACAGGGUGUGCAUACCAACUGUAUCACUCACACAGUGUGGCAUCAUACAGCAGUGGAAAAACCCACACCGGGGGCUGGAGAUGACACUCAGUGAUAGAGGUUUGACUGACAGACACAGAAGGCCACAGGUUCCAUCCCCAUCACACCACACACCAAUGCCACCUGCAGCUAAAGGGGAGGCGUGACAUCCAAAUGAAAGAAAUGAGUCUAAACAGAGCAGAUGCUAGGAGGUUCCACAGACAGGGAAUCCAAAAACAGGCAAAAGUCAUUUGUGAAGUUCAUGGUGUUCUUCAUAAUAGCCCCAGACUGAAACACCCUAACUGAUGCCCAUCAGCUGAUGAACAGAUGAAGAAAAUGUUGAGUAUCCAUACCACAGAAGAGUGUUUGUGAUAAAAUGGAAUGAAGUGUUGAAAGGUGCUGCAACAUAUGCAAGCUUUGGGAGCAACAUAUGCAAGCUUUGGGAGCAUGCUCAGUGAAAGCCAGGCACAAAUACAGAUAUCUGUUACCCUUGGUAUGAAAUUCCCAAGUGAAACCAAGACGGCUGUGGAGGCUGAGAGUGGAGCAGUGGUUGCCUAGGGCUGGGUGGGGGACUCAGGAAGAAGGGGUUCUGAGUGCUAGGAAUGGGACUGGAUGACAUGUGAUGAAACAGCCUAAAAUUCACAACUCUUCCACUAUUAUGAAAGCCACUGGAGUACACACUUUAAAUGUGUGGAUUUUAUGGCCUGUGAAUUAUAUCUCAUUAAAGCUGUAAAAUUCACUUAUGCUGACAAAGCUGUGAAUAGGGGCUAGCUGGAGCAGAGAGGUACUACCUGGGAGGAGCCUUCUGAAAGGCUGCAAAUGUUCUCUGCCUUAAUCUGAUGAUGAUCACAGGGGCUACUCAGCUAUCAACUACCAAGUUAGACCUUAAGUGUCUGUAGACUUUAGCCGAGUCUAGAGGUACAGGCUUGUAACCUCAGCCACUCUGGAGACUGAGACAACAAGUUCAAGGCCUGCCAGGGCAAGUUAAUGACCCUGUCUCAAAAUAAAAAGUAAAGGGGAAGUAGUUCUGUGGCAAGAGCACAUGCCUAGCAUGUGCAUUGUGCUAGACUCAAUCCCUAGUAACACACACACACACACACACACACACACACACACACACACACACACACCAUUCGAUUUCUGUUAUGAUUGGAUAAAGUUUAAACUAACUACAAAAAUAUAAAAUGAAAAGUUGGAUAAUAAUCUAAGUCUGUAGGGAAUAAGUGAGAUAUGAAGAAAACUCUCUGGAUAUAAAAGAUGGCAGUUGAGGAUGUGGCUUGGUAAUAGAGUAAUGCCUACCAAGCAUGUUCAAGGCUCUGGGUUCAAGCCUUAGUACCACACAAAGCAAAAGUAUGAAAUAAAGAAAAUUACUAACUUAGAGUAAGAGCUGUAAAUCCCAGCACUCAGAAAUCUGAGGGUUAUCAUAAGUUGGAGCCAACCUAGAAUAUGUAGAUCCUGUUUCUUGAAAAGAAAGGAGAGUUGGAGAGACGGCUCAGGAGUUAAGAGCACUGGCUGCUCUUGUAGAGGACCUGUGUUCAGUUCCCAGCACCUACAUGGUGGCUCACAGCCAUCUAUAACCCUAUUUCCAUGAAAUGGAAUUUGUUGUUUGUCUAAAUUGUUCUAUUAUUAAUAACUUGGGAGUCAGAUAUUGGGGUAAAAACCUGAUAGAACAAGAAAGCAGCAGAAGAAUGACCAGCUGACCUGUGUCCACACUUCCCAGGUCAAAAGGCCUGCGAAUCUUUCUAAGCCCCUCCCUAUUUCUUCCUGUGUCUCUCUAUUAUAUCCUAUGUCCUCCAAAAUCUCUAUGGGUAAUUCUGGUCAGCUAGUCAUUGACUCUGCCCCCUAAUUCAAGGUUAACUUUAUUUACAGUCUCAGAGUGUCAUAAUGUGGUCAAAUAUCCUGAAACAUUUCCCUCCUUUUGUCUAAAUAAAAAGGAAAAGUUUCAACUCUAACACAGUAAAACUAUAUACAAUAAGAAAAAUUAUCAGGUAUUGUCUAAAUAAAGAGGAAAGGUUUUAACUCUAACAUAGCAAAAACUAUAUACAAUAAAAACAAUUAUCAGGUAAGAAUUACAUUGACAAUAUCCAGUCCAUCUGUAUUUAGUAAAUUCAGAGAAAUUACUCCAUUAUCUAUCCUAUUUUGAUGAGUCCUAAGUUUUAUACCUAAACCACUUUCUAUCAUAACUUCUAUUACCAUCCUAAAAAUAUCCUUUUAGACCUUAAAUCAUUUUCUUAGAUAAACAACUUCAGCUUUUAUGUCUCUCAACCUUAUAAACUUUACAUCUCUUUUGUAAGUUCCUUUUCUGAAUUUGAUAACAAAGAAAAUGGUAUAACUAUCUAUCUUCAACCCCUCAGAGACCCAAGAAGAUAUACUAUUACCCAAAUAAACAGGAAGUACAAAGCAAACAACUUCCUAAACUAUAGAAAUGACAGGGCUGGCUGGCUGCCUGGACAGUUACCCAAAGUUCCUCUGCAACAUUAGGGCAUCUGUCUUUGACUUACAGGCCUAGAAUAUCUGAUACACUUUCCUGUGAAGCAGGAAUUUUGAAGGACUGUCCUACCUUGUCUUGGCAAAGUUUGGCAGUUAACUUCCUUUGUGUCCUGCUUGUCCAAUUUGGACAGCAUAGUGUCAGAAAAAAAGCUGCCCAAAUGGCUAGCUUUUGCCACAAAGAAAGCAAACCCCAUAUGGAGGUUCUUCAAUGCCCAUCAUCUUCUCUGAAGUAGUUUAGUGCUGUCAGGAGCAGAUGUGUCUGUCAUGAAAAGUCUUACGGUAUUAAAACAUCUUAAAUGCCAUUUUUUGUAGGUCUCUGAAUUGUUUGAAGACUAUCUACCUAUUUAAAAUAUAUCUCUGACCUUGAAAACAUACCUAACAUGACUACAAGUUUGAUCAUUAUAGAUGACUAACUACUAACCUGAAUUUCUUAAUUAUUCUGAAUAGUUUAUAAUAAUAGCUUUCAAGAACUAUAGUUGCUUUUUAGUUUAAAAGUAAAUUCAACAAUCUACACUUUUAUCCCAUCAUUCUUAUAUCCUCCCUUUUUUAUCUUUUCAAAAAGAGAUCCCUGAAUCUAAACUCCUUUCCUUAGUUUCCUCCCUGACCAUGACCAAUAACAACUUGAAACCCCCUAACUGAUGAUAAACAUCUAUAACCCACCAAACAACCCCACACACACCUCUUGGGAAUGUGGGUGUCAUGUUCUUAAAAUUCCUUCCUGUCUGUCUGGGGGUGAUGGUAUCUUUAGGGGACCCUGAAAAUUUGAGAUAAAGAUCAAUUCCUGGGAGAGCUAGCUGUUGUCCGGUCUUGGUGUGAUGAGAAAGUGCAGGGCUUAUCUCAAGUUCUGGCUGGAGUAGUCUAUGAGGCUGGACCAUCUUAACUAACUGCCUUGGAUUGUCCUGAGAAGUUUGUAGUCCAAAGCUGAUCUUUGGGUUGUAUUUGUCAGCUUAGUGGCAUUAUGACAAUCUAGGUGGAUCUGUCAUUGCAGGGCCCCAUCAUCUCCUUGGAGACCUCAAAGGUCACUAUCAGGGAUGGUCAUGGUUCACUGCAGAAAACUUAAACAUGUUAAAUGUCAUAUGCAGGAGAUCUCCAAGAGGUUAAAGAACCACAAUCUGUUAAAUAUAUAUGGGGUACACAAACUUAGUUCCUAGUUACUUGCUUCAGACUCAAGCCCAAAAUGAUGUAAGCUAGAUAAAGUUUAUUUCUAGAAUUAGUUAAUACUCUAUAUGACCAUUAAUAUCAUGAAAGUUUAAAUAUAUGUAUAAUAAUCUUAUAAAUUUUGAGAUAAUAUUUAUACCUUAAGAAAAGUAUUAAAUAGAAACCAAAGGAUGAUGAGAUUAAUAGCAAUAGAAUAGUCCCAUAAAUUUUGUUUUCUUCUGUCCCAUACCAGGUGGCUCUUGUGACAUGAGACAGAGAUUUUGGAUUUUCCUUUAACCAAUGUGUGUGGGUUUAGAGAAGGAGAGAGCCAUGCUCCAAUUCCAAAGCCAGCUUUAAUUUUUAAUUGAAUUGGGACCACAAAAGGACCACUUGCAUUAUAUGUCUGUAGAGCAGCUGCAAUGUUAGGGAGCACUAAUUCAAAUUAGCAUCGUGUGACAGAGUCCUGAGGGUGGAGAGUGGCACGGGGGAAGAAGGCCUCAGUCGCUGGUGUUGGCAGUGACUCUGGCUCUUUCCACAGGCAGGAUCCAACCCUAAGAGGAAGCAUUAGAGUCAACAUGGCAGUUUGGACUGCAGCAAGAGUCUGGGGCUAUGUGUCCUCAGUUCCCUCCCUGGGUCCUGGUUAAAUUGCUUUCUUCCCCUGAUUCGGCUACUUCCAUGAUGAAGCCAGUCAGGUUUAUUUGCGUCCAGCUCUGAAAGGCUCCCAUGCUUGUGUGUGCCUUGUGGACAUUAAACCUUUAGAGACGGUGGCCUAGCUUCUCAGCCCACAGGGCCACUCUGGCCAUGAAGCCAAAUGCCCUGCUGAAGUCUUUGAAAUUGAACUGCUUGAAGCUUUCUAGCUCUUUCUACCCCACAGCCCUGCUGUUUGGCAGCUACUGGUCCUGCUCCUCAGCUUGCAGCCUAUGUGCUCUGCCAGCCAUGAUGAAGCAUGGACAGCAGGUGGCAGCAGAGAGUGAUUGAGAGCUGGGCCAUGAUCUCCAACAUUGUGAUUUCCAACAUUGUGAUGGUGCAGAAAUAGUUGCAUUCAGAAGAAAUGAUGCAAAGGUGGGCGUGGUAGCACAUGCCUCCAAUCUGGGCAAUAGGGAGGUGGAGGCAGAAGGAUCAGGAGUUCAAGGCCAUCCUCUCUAUGUAGUGAAUUGAGGCCAGGCUAGGCUAUGUGAGAGCCUGUCUCAUAAAAAUGAAUGAAUCAAUGAAUCAAUCAGUCAAUCAAUCAAUCAAUAUGCUUCCCCUUUGGAUAUUGA